AUGUCAGCCACAACAAGUCCACCAGUCACGCAGUUCCAGGAAAAGGUCUACGCACUGUUACUUCAGAUUCCCAGAGGUCGUGUCACUACCUACGGCGCCAUCGCUCGCGUACUCAAGACCUCGCCUCGAGCUGUAGGCAAUGCCCUGCGCAAUAACCCCUUCGCUCCCGAAGUGCCCUGUCACAGAUGCGUGGGAAGCACCGGCUUCAUAACGGGUUUUGACGGUGAGAGCAUUGAUAGAAAAAGCUUCCAAAGGUCAAAGGAUGGGCUUGUUCAGGGAGAUGCACACCAAAGCAAGCCUCGAGGGCCCAAGAUUUCACACGUCCAGCAUCCUGGCAGCAAGUUGAGUCUGAAGAUAAAGAUUCUGAACGACGAGGGAGUCGAAGUUGAUCAAAAGGGCAUGGUGAUGAAUCGAAAAAGGGUAAUUUGGGAUGGGCCGUGGGACGUGGAUGCCGUUCAAGAGGGCAUCAAAUGA